AUGGUUCACAACUGCAUUGACUGGAGCGUCAUACCACUACGUUUCUUAACGAUAUCGUACGGAAAUAAAAAGGUGGCGACGCCAAAGGGUCCAGCAUCCAAAGUUCGCGAGUUCAAAUCCCUCCAAUCAUUUGCGCACCGUAAGUUUUGUAUCCGAGACCAUCCACUCUCAUCCCUGCGCUUCCGAACGACCUGCAACCUUAGCACUACACGUUUCCAGGACGACUCGACGUUUGAGGUCGAUACAGAGGCAUGGGAAGAAGACGGAUUGGUGGACCUUGUCUGUUGUCUGGAGGUGUACUUGGAGGAGGUUAUGCCUGAUCCACUGUCCGCCGAAGAGGCCACGCAACCUGUUGAAGAGGAACAUGAGGAUACUCGAGUGCACGAGCAAGUUCGAGAUCCUGACGAACGGGAAGUUGAAGAGGUAGAACACAGUGAUAUCGCAGAUGUCAAUGACAAUGUUGAGGAGGACAAAGCACAGGACGAGGACGAAGCGGAGAAAGAGCAGGAGAACAAAGAGGAGGAUCAAGAAGAAAACGAAAAGACAGAUGAGUUUGAGGAAAGUACCGUGCGGACUAGGCCAUCUCAUCGCCGACGAUGGUUCGUUGCGUCUGACGACGAAGAUAGUUCAAAGGCGCUUGACCGUAGCUCGAGGCUGACUGCAGACUUGCAGCAGACAGAGAAGGCUGCUGUCAUUGGUGACCCUCAUCCCUCGACACGCCAGCAUGUCCCUGACACAGAACGGCCAAUUAAGAAGGAAAAGGAAAUUCCUCCUGCGCAUCGCGUACGGGUGUCGUCAGUCGCUGGAAGCUCACAAGAAGGCCCAGCCCUCUUCAGAGCACAUAAACCACUAGACCAACGUGUUAAGCAAGAGCCAAAUUCGGCAGGGCGAUUGGAGUCUCAGCCUCAAGCGACACAGGAAUCCGAUCCAGCGCCUGAGCUCACACAAACUAAACUCGUCAUCAGUAUCCAGCACAAACCCUCCGCGCAGCAUGCACAAUUCAGCGCGAAACCCCAAACACGAAUAGGUAAAGUUCUCGCCGGGGCAUGCAAGAGCUUCCGCUUGGAUGUCAAUGUAGCGCAACUCUACUUAGUCGUGGUAACGCAAAAUGAUAAGGGCUUGAAGGAGGAAGAUCAUUUCUUGUGUGAUCGAAAUGAGACAGUAGAAACCGCUAUCGUGGGCGUGGAAGGGAGAGCAAAUUUUAUGAUUCGCAUGCCUGAAGAUCCCGCAAUGUAG